AUGGCGUUGCCACAAUUAUCCACAUCGGAACGACGUAAACGACUUAUGAAACGGAUUCAUACGUUUCAAUCCGAAGAGCAAAGCGCCCACGGCAGCUCAUUCGAUGUGGAUUUCCCGUCCGUACAUUUUGAUAGCGACGUGUCGGAGACCAGUUCUCCAAAUAUUGAUCGAACAUUGUUAUUUGUUCCUGAUGCACACGAACUUAAACUGGAUAAAGGAGAGAAACCACCACAUAAAAGGGAUGUGAUCGAAAAGAUCCCAAUGCGAGUACGAUCUCAAAGUUGGCUGAUACGUACAAGACAUCUACUACAUGAAGAACGGGAACCUCCACCGCUCAUCUCCCAUAUGAUGCUGUUCUUCUCGUCCGCAUUAUUUGUAAUGUCCUUCCCAUGGAGCCUAUUUUUCUGUGUGAAAAUUAUCAAAGAAUACCAAAGAGCUGUGAUCUUUCGACUUGGACGUUUAAUCAAAGGUGGUACUAAGGGUCCUGGAUUAUUCUUUAUUCUACCUUGUAUCGAUACAUGUAAAAUUGUUGAUUUGCGAGUCCUUUCAUUUGACGUACCACCUCAGGAAAUCCUUAGUCGCGAUUCGGUCACAGUAUCUGUGGAGGCUGUCAUAUAUUUUAGGGUUUCAAAUCCAGUAAUUUCCGUGACCAACGUGAAUGAUGCUCAGUUCAGUACGCGACUUCUCGCACAGACAACGCUUCGAAAUGUGUUGGGCACGAAAACGUUGAGUGAGAUGUUGUCGGAACGAGAUGCGAUAGCAAAUAUCACAGAAAAGGUUCUCGACGAGGGCACCGUACCAUGGGGAGUGAAGGUGGAGCGUGUUGAAAUCAAGGAUAUUCGUCUUCCACAUCAACUAACGCGAAGCAUGGCCGCCGAGGCAGAGGCUGUACGUCGGGCGAGAGCGGCAAUUAUUCACGCUGAGGGAGAGAAGAAUGCUUCACGAUGGAUAUCCGAAGCUGCUGAGAUUAUCAACGGAAGUACAAUUUCGGUUCAGUUACGAUAUCUUCAAACACUACACUCGGUCGCGUCACAAAGGAACAACACUAUUGUGAUUCCAUAUCCGAUCGAAGUUGCGCGAAGCCUCAUGAAGAAGUAUGGACGAGUAAAAAGUGCAAAAUCAUAA